AUGUCUUCUAUUAGAAAUGAAUUAGUUAGUGAUGCAAUUAAUAAAGCAUAUUUAUUAAUGGAUUAUGAUAAAAAAUAUGAAUCUGUAAAACAAACCAUUCUUAAUGACGAAUCACUUACACAUGAUAAAAAAUUAGAAGCGAUAAAUAUAAUAAGUAAGAAUUUUAAUGGAUUUAAAAUUCUUGAUGAUGAAGGAACAAAAAUAAAGUGUGAAAAUAGUCAAGAAGAAUGUUUAGCUAAAUUAUACUGUGAGCAUUGUGCCCGAAAUUAUUUAAAAACCCAUUUUUCAAAAUGGACAUCUUGA